GGCGGGGCGCUGGGCGUCCGCGCUGGGCAUGCGCACACCCGACGCGCGCACCUACCGGCCCCGCGAGGCGCGUCCCGUCGCUAGGCAACGAGCGCGCGCCCCGGACCCAGAUGAGAAAACCAAGGCUCAGAGAGACCAAGCACCAGGAUUGGAAUUCGGUCCAUCUGUUCCUGGAGCGUGUUCAGGCUGCUGCUCUUCACCGCCACCCCUAACCUGUGCUCUAACUCAGGCUACAUGGCCUCCAGCUCCUGAGAUCUGGCUAAUAGUAAACACCAGGGCAUCAGCUCAACCUCCUGUAGUUUCUUGCUUGGGCACCCGUCUUAUCUAUGUCACAGAUGACUGUAGCUUCCAACCUCAAAAUAGCACAGCUUGCUGGGUCCUUAGAGCCCCUCUUGGGACCUCCCACCUGCUCAAUUAUUUCCUCCCUACUCAAGGGUAGAGAUGUGUGGGUCCACAAGAAUGGAAACAGAGUACCUGAAGAAGUGCUUUGGAAAUUGCCUGAGCCGGGCGCUGGCGGAUGUGGCGAAGGUUCGGCCCAGUGACCCUAUAGAGUACCUGGCUCACUGGCUUUAUCAUUACAGGAAAAUAGCUAAAGUAAAAGAGGAGGAGAGCCAAGCGAAGAUCCUGCUGCAGGAAGAAUAUGGUAAUAGCCUCAAAGAAACAGAAAUGACAGAAAUGCUGAAGCAAGAGGAGUGUCAGAUUCAACAGAAGAGUGAGAAGUCUCACAAGCCACUGAUAUCUGUAGCUAGUUCCACAAAGAAGACCGCAUUCAUGUAAGAGAACACAAAACCCCUUGAGAAGGAUGCCACGAAACAGGACUCUCUGCCAGGUACUUCCAGUAUGAUUCCAGGAAUGCCUCAAUAGAUUCCUCCUCGAGAGUCAUCUGGCCAGACUGACUGUAAUGUCAAAACUCUGCAAGAAAUAAAUUACUAGGCUUUUCAGCAUGAAAUUGCUCCCCAAAUGUAUCCUGGCUCCAAAUUUCUUUCUUAAGUUAUCAAAAAGUGGAUGAUUCUCACGAUGCUUCUCCCAAAGCUGCAAACUGAGAAAAUGGCCAGAUAGGCCCUGAAGAUGGUAACUAUGUGGAUUAAACCAAGAUUGGAGGGCUGUGGAAGGAGGUGUCAUGCCAGGACUCUCCAGCCGAAGGUCUGUUCUAGUAGCUGUGAAAACACUUGAAUCAUGUAAACAUUUGAACUACUGAUAGGAUAAAAUAAACUCAUGAGGAUUUUAAAUAAGUAACCAAAA